AUGUUCUUUCGUUCUAUUAGGAAUAGAAACUUGACAACUGGCAUCUCAAGACUUCAACUUCAAGAUCAGGGAUUAUGGAUCUGUUAUAAUGAUGAAUGCGUCUCUUUACCAGAAAAUAUCUUGGAAAUAUUUAAUGUAGGUAACCUUAUUCCAAUAAUAAAAGUGCAGUUAAAAAUAAAAGGAGAUAUCGCCAUUCGCAAUGGGAGUGAUAUCUUGGAGAAAAGAUCCCUUGCUCAAGCUGGAGUUGACCUCACCAAUAUUUUACAUCUGGCUUCACAAAAAAUUCAUAAUUUUAAUAAAAACAAGAAAAAAGAUCAUCUUGCUAACCUUGUAUGCAUAUCCUGUUCUUUUGCUCUUGAAGUUUGUCCUCAAAUUGCAAAGGUAAAAAUGUUAAUAGCGUCUCAUAUGAUAACUGCUAUAGGUAUAUCAGAUGAUCGUAUAGACCUUCUUUGCACAUAUCCUUCUAAUCCUAUCCUUGCAUCUGAAGCAUUAAAAGAAAUCAUUAAAUUCAGCUGUGGAGUAGUUGAGGCAAGAGAAAGAGAAGAGCUUGUCAGUCGCAUCUUAUUUUUGAAAGCAUAUGUUCAUGCUGUAAAAAUAAAUCAGUUACCACCAGUUACAUACUUGAAAAAGAUUCCCUUAUCAAUAUUUUUGAAAGCUCUCUGUAAAGGAAUUGAUGAAAAAAUUGAUGAUCUUCUUGUAAAGAUGCAUAUAAAUGAAGCAGAAAUUGUUCCUGCUUUAGUUCAUCCUAGGUCCACCUUUGAUAACAAUAAUUUUAAAGGUAUUAUUCUGGGUAUUUAUAUUGACUCUGGUACAAGCAAUCAAAGUAUAGAUAUAAAAGAGGUAGAUUCUAUAGUUACGAG